ACAGGAAUGAAACAAGCUUCGGUAUCAUCCGCCCAUCUCUGGACAGCGACCCACACACCUGUUACUAGCAGAAAGAAGGGACAGCAAGGAUAAACUAACCGACAGUACAGCACCAUGUUUCUAACUUAACUGUUAACUGGGUGGGGACACGGCACUAGCACUAGCACAGCGUUUGUAAAGUAAAUCUCGUAACGUUACUAUCACGCAACAGCUAACUAACGUUAGCUAGUAGAUGAAGUUAGCUAACGUGGAGUGCUGCUAGUAACGUUAAUGGCUCUGGUUUUGAAAAUAUUCUGUUUGCCGUUAUGUUGUAACGUUAACUUUACUUAACUUAAUCUAGCUAACGUUAAUGUAAGGUUAGCUAACGUAAGCGUUAAUAGUGUGUCACUCUUUUUAAUAAUUUGCAGAUUUGCUCAUUGUGAAUCAGAAAGAGAGAUCAUUUAAGUAGCGUCUGAGGGCAAUCCCGUGUAACAAGUUGAACCUGUAAACCUGAUAACGUUAAAUUAGGUCAUAUUUACUUAGGUUAACUUUCCCACUAAUAACUGACGGGAAACGCCCAUAGUUAGUCCAGAUAGCAUUUACGAGAUAAAUAACGUUACCUACCUGUUUUGUUAUUUAACCAAACGUUUGUUCAGGAAGUAAAACUUUAUGCUAAUCAAAAAUAACAUUAGCAGUCAUUUUCCGGUCAGAAAAGCUCUAGCUACGCAGAGACGGUUAAGAUUAGUGAAGUAUAAUUUGUAGCCCUGAGAAAAGUGUCACUUCGUUAAGCCCACGUCGUAGUUUAUCCACAAGUGAGCAUGGCUCCUAAAAGGAGACCAGUGCCAGGCCCCUUAACGAUUCCUCCUGCUGGCGAUGGAUUAUCGACCUCCAUCAACACUGAUGUUGCAUCUGAGGCCAAUUUAGAGGCACUUAAAAGAAUACUGGAAGAGUUGGACCUGGAUGAACAACAGAAGAAAAGGUUAGAAGCUUUCCUUAGCCAGAAGGCCAAGGUGGGCGAGUUGAGAGACGAUGACUUUCAUCGUGUCUGUGAGCUGGGUGCAGGCAAUGGAGGAGUUGUCACUAAGGAAUGCCACAAAUCUUCAGGAAUAAUCAUGGCCAGAAAGCUCAUUCAUCUUGAAAUUAAACCUGCUAUCAGAAACCAGAUCAUCCGUGAACUUCAGGUGCUCCAUGAGUGUAACUCUCCCUACAUUGUGGGCUUCUAUGGAGCAUUUUACAGCGAUGGAGAGAUCAGCAUCUGCAUGGAACACAUGGAUGGUGGAUCUCUGGACCAGGUGCUGAAGGAAGCUAAGAGGAUCCCAGAAGAGAUUCUGGGCAAAGUCAGCAUUGCUGUUUUGAGAGGCCUUGCGUACCUAAGAGAAAAACACCAAAUCAUGCAUAGAGAUGUGAAGCCUUCAAACAUACUGGUGAACUCUCGUGGGGAGAUCAAGUUGUGUGACUUCGGUGUAAGCGGGCAGCUCAUAGACUCUAUGGCCAAUUCCUUUGUUGGGACAAGAUCCUAUAUGUCGCCUGAGAGAUUGCAGGGAACCCACUAUUCCGUGCAGUCAGAUGUGUGGAGUAUGGGGCUGUCCCUUGUGGAGCUAUCAAUCGGACGCUUCCCCAUCCCUCCUCCAGAUGCUAAAGAACUGGAGGCCAUAUUUGGACAUCACAUCUUGGGUGGUAGUGAAGGAGAGAUGCUCAGCACUUCACCCAGACCUAGACCACCGGGUAGACCUGUCAGCAGUCACGGUCCUGCAAUGGCCAUCUUUGAACUACUAGACUACAUAGUGAAUGAGCCCCCUCCUAAACUACCACAUGGCGUCUUCACCUCUGAUUUCCAGGACUUUGUGACUAAGUGUCUCAUCAAAAAUCCAGCAGACAGGGCUGACUUGAAAAUGUUGAUGAACCAUAUGUUUAUCAAGAGGUCUGAGGUGGAGGAGGUAGACUUUGCUGGCUGGCUUUGUAAAACCAUGGGGCUGAACCAACCUAGCACUCCCACGUGCACUGCAGACUAAACACACUCCCGCACACAGUAUGUACAUGUAAAAACAUGGAGAAGCUGCUGCCUAAAACCUUACGCCCACAUACACACCUUGAUUGCCACGUCCUCCCGCAGGCGAACCUCUGAAGUCUCCAUCCAUGAAAUGAACUCUACAUGGACAUGUAAGCCAAGAAAGAUUCUGUAUCUAGAGCACGAGUGUGUCAAUUAUUACAAAUGUUGUCACGUUCAUAAUCCAACUCUUUGUUUGUUCGUUGACCGUCUGACCGGGGGAAUGUGAGUGCGAUGUACCUGCUGCUGGUUUGGGCCGGGCCGGCCAGUUCUGCUGCCCCUCUCAGCCGGACCAGCUCGCUCUUCUGCCCUUGUCACUCUGUAACAGUUCAUUUGGUGUACGUCGAAAACGCGUCGACAAACUCAACAUACAAGGAGAAAAGGAAAUCCGUCAAUUAAUUCAGGAAAAGCUGAACUGUCCAGGCAGUCUGUCUCCCUCAGCAUCUCCCCCAGACUGAUUGAAUAGGUCUGUUUCAUUUCCGCUUUUAGCCCUGACACCGCACCCCCCACCCACCCAGUCGCUCAAUGAACACAGUUGAAUUAUGAACGUGAUAAUGUGUACAGGCAGACACAUAUAUGAUUCCCCAAUGUGUUAUGCAAAAACAUUUAGAGAUGUAAGAAUAAGUUUAUAUUACUAAAUGGGUCGGGUUAUGUGUGUCUGUGUUAGCAAGAGAUGCUUGAGUCUAGGAUGUUUUUUUUUGCAUUUAGUGAUGUGACUGAUUUCUACAAAUUUUGAGAUGUCUUGAGGUGAAGCGCAAUGUUUAAGAGAUUUUAGCGUGACUCAUGUCAAAGCCAAAAACAAAAAAAAGUUGCAACCUUAAAUGCACCUUCUGCUCCUU